AUGGCGCAGGUCCAAGGCUGCCUCCAGUUGGCAGUAUACAUUAUAACAUUUGUGUUUGGACUGCCCCUAAACAUCUUGGCCUUUGUUACGUUCCUCAGAAAGUUCAAGCAGAAGGUUAUCUCAGUGGACAUCCUGUUGUUCAACUUGACCCUGUCUGACCUGGUUCUUCUGGCUUUUCUCCCAUUCCGUAUAGUGGAAGCAGCUUCUGAGAUGGAAUGGCGUAUGCCCUACUUCAUCUGCCCGUUCUCUCUUUGUGUGCAUUUCAGCAGCAACUACAUUAACUCCUUUUUACUUACAGCAAUAAGUGUAGAGAGAUACUUGGCUGUUGGUUUCCCUCUCAGGUACAAGCGCCUUGUGAAACCAUUAUAUAUAAUAGUUGGAAUUGUCUGUAUCUGGAUCCUUAGCACCACACACUGCAGCAUUUUUUAUAUAGUGGAUCAUUUUGCACCUGAAAAGGCAAAUAAAACCAAUGUCUCCAUCUGCUAUAGUCAGUUCUCUCCAGUCCAGCUUCAAGUUCUUCUACCAAUCCGUCUGGAGGUGUUCUUUCUGCUCUUCUGUAUCCCAUUUAUGGUGACCACCUUCUGUAGCAUCAGCUUUGUUCACAUUAUGGUAACACAACCCUUUAUCAGUAGGAAGCGGAAGCUCAGAGCAAUUGGGCUCGUAACUGUGACGAUGAUCAACUUCAUACUGUGUUUCAUGCCUUACAAUGUGUCCCAUGUGGUGGGAUUUAUUCAAGGUGACAACCCUCCAUGGAGAAUGCAUGCUCUUCUCUUUAGUACAUUUAAUGCCACGUUAGACCCAAUCAUGUUUUAUUUCUGUUCUGUUUCUUACCAAAAGAUGCAUUUGGAGGACCUGCUUUACAUCAUGAAUAAGACAAGGUUAGGAGCCCAUAGGGACAACUGUCUUGAACUGUUCAAGAAGGAUCAUGAAGAACCUCAUGGUUUGGUUCAAGACUGCAAUGGAGAAAAGGCUUAG